CUCAGAAUUGGAAGUCCUCUGUGUGAGAAGUUUCUUCGAGAGCGCUCGAAUUUUUAGUGAGAGAGUGUAAAGUUUUUUUGUCCAAAUUCCUCGGAUCUUCCUUCCAAGUUUUGAGAUGUACGAGAGCUUUCUAUAGUAUGCGGUGAACAACGCGCCAUGGGUAACACGGCGACCGGGCGUCGUAACUCGAUGCUGCCGAAGCAAGAGAGCAGCAGCAGCGAGAGCCAGGGAGGAGCAAAACUUGGGAGGAACUCUCGGCAGAACACUCUGCAGGAAGAGGAGGAAGAGAACUUCGUCGGAGAACCAGAACCUUUGACAGACAGACAGAAGGAACUUCUGGUAGCGAAUUGGAAGGUUGUGGAAGGAGAUAUCGCCAAGGUCGGGGUGAUAACAUUUAUCAGCUUGUUCGAGACGCAUCCAGAUGUCCAACAAGUAUUCUUGCCCUUCAACGGUCUUCCUAUUGACGAACUGAAACACAGUAAGCAGCUUCGUGCUCAUGCUUUGAGAGUUAUGGCGUUCGUUCAGAAAGCAGUAGCUAGAUUAAAUGAACCUGAAAAACUUACUACCUUAUUGAGAGAACUUGGGAAGAAACACCAUGGCUACGGGGCAAAGCCUAAAUAUGUAGACCUGAUUGGACCACAGUUUAUUCUCGCGAUAAAACCAUCACUUGAAGAUCAGUGGUCCGAAGAAACUCACGCGGCGUGGACUGCUUUGUUUGCCUUUAUGGGAGCGAUUAUGAAGGAGGCGAUGUCAACUGAGGAGGCCAGCCAGAGGGCGCAAUAGCAGGGGCGGAGGAGGUCCUCGUUCUCGAGACGGCGCUGGAGCAUCGCUCGGUCCAAGCAGUAACCUCCUCCUCCACCUUCCUCGACAGUACCCGGACCACAAGAUUAGUAACCAUGUACGUGUCGCUCUGUCUGAGAUACCUGGAUCUCUUAUUUCAUGAACUCUGAAUGUGAAUGAAAGUUUUCUCAAUUUCCUACAUGAACUACACCUUACUGCUACUAUAUGAGACUAUAAAUCUGUGGUAUUAUGACAUAAUAUUAUUCAAAGUUACCAAGAUCAUUAAGAUUGUGUGGUCGGAUUCGUUAUUCUCAUAACUGUUUAGUCUCUCGCGACCAAACAGAAAUUGUUUAAAAUAAAAUAAAAACGAUUCAACACGCUGAAACAUCCCGUAUUUACAUCAAUCAUUUUGAUCUAUUCUCUAUAAUUUUUUUUUUUAAUUCAGCACUAGAAAGGCAAUACACCUACCUUUAUGAACGCAUCUCCUAACUCAAUAGCCGUAUUUGAUCAAAAUGGUAUAUAAGCAUUCGGUUAGAAUAUUUUAUGAAAUUAUUUCUUUCCUUUCUUUACUUUCAACCCUUGCGAUUAAGAACUAUCCAAAGCCACAUACAUUUAUUAAUUUUUACUAGCACUACGUAUCAAAAAAUAUACAAUAUAAAAAUUUUAAAGGGUUAUUUAUUUACGUAUUGACAACGCUGUUAAACUUAAAGAAAACUAAGUUUACGUGCAUGUAUUUUUCUGAACUGUUGUGUAAAUUGCGCAGUUUUCAUUCUGAUAAGAAUAUGAUUUAUUUCAAAAGUUAAUAUAUUUCAUGCACAUCAACUACUCAAGUUACCUAGACAUGAAAACAAAUAUUAAUUAUCAAACGCUUUGAGUAAAAGUUACUUACUUUAAAAGUGGUUAUGUAAACAGAAUAGAAAUAAGUGAAUUCAAAUAUAAUUUUACAAAGGAAGCUUAAGAAACAAUUACAUAUGGCCGAAAUUUCUUUAAGUAUAAUCCUAUAUAAAAUACAAGCGAUUACACAAAUUUUAACACUUUUACUUUCUAAUAAGGAAAUUGUAUUCUAUUUUCAACAACCCUAUUGAAGUGAGAUAGAUUGUAUUGAAAUUGGCAUUGUCAAUGCAAUUUUUCUAAUUUCAAAUAGAUCCAAAAGUUGGGUUUAUUAUUUAUUUUUGUCAUUUUGUUACCAUCAAGUGUGUCUGAAAUAGUAUGCUAUGUUUUAUAUUGGAAAAGGUUUAUAAGUAAGAUUGGGCCCUAAGGAAACCCCUUCCGCAACUACUACAAGAUGUUUUAAAUUUCAAAUAGACAUUCCCUCUAUGAUGUAAAGAAUCUAAUUGUAUAUAUAAAUUAUUAUAUAUAUAGUAUUUGUAUGUAUAGAAAAGGUGUAUAGAAAUAUUUACUUAAAUAUGCUCCUGUCAUUAUGGUUUCUUUCCUUUCGCAAUGUAAGACUUUGCUAUUUUUAAAACACGUUUAGCGAAUGGUUGAAAGGCUUUAAUAUAUUUUAUGUAAAUAUAAGUACUGUAUAAUCAAGAGGUAUCUUAUGAAAAGUUGAUAUAAAGCGAUGUUGUGUUAGAUUAAACUAUUUAUUGAA